AUAGAUAGAUAGAUAGAUAGAUAGAUAGAUAGAACUAACACUUUAAUUUAAAUAUUGUGCUAUAAGCAAUAACACUGUAAAAUGUGGUCUGUUUGUUUUUUUACUUCCUAUUACAGCACUGUGAGGGUUAUUAGCGAAUGAACGGCCCACUUUCUCUUCCCGAACUCUCUGAUUACCAAGUUUAGUUUCUCCUCCAAUCAAGAGCUUGGAUCUAAUUAGAACUAACGCAGUCGCCCAAGGUUCGCUGUGCAGCUCCGACAUCACCACACGGUGUGUCGGUUUGUUUCGUUUAUUAUGUAAUUUUCUCUUCUCCUUCUUCAUCUAAUGAACAGCGGCCGUACCUAGCAGAGACUCGCGCAGGAGUAACUGAUUUUAUCAGAGCGUUUGCUUGGAAGCACAAAAGAGACAGCUGAGUGCCAGACUAAGAUUUUGAAGCAGCAGCCAAUGGGCACAAGAACUGCGCCGUGACGUAACACGGCCUUGUAGAUAAGGAGCACAUUACAGAGACUUCAGAAAAAAGUGCUGCGUGGCGGGUCCAGAAGAAAAAUCUCACCUAUCGUCAGUAAAGGUAAAAGAUACUGCACUUCUUCCACUGCUGCUGUCUAGUCGGCGUUUCUGCAGCCUCAUCUUGAAGUAGCAGUCGGCUACAAAGGAACGAGUUGCAUCAAAAAAGCAACUUGGAUUUUAUACAUUUUCUUAAAGCAAUACGUGUGCUUUAUUUUUUCCCCUAUUUUUUAAAUAUAUAUGUAUACAUAUACAUAUAUUGGCAUCUUCGUGGACUGAGGACUCGGAGGAGGAUCUGGUCACUUACCUUUGCAAGCAUUUUUUUCUUUCUUUCUUUUGUUCUUGAAAAACAUCAUCUUUUGGUUUUGCUUUGCGCUAAGAGAGUGACACUCGUUUCCAGGACUGCCAUUAUACAUAAUUAUAUGUAACUUUGCAGAGGGCCAUAAAAAUAUAAUGGUCAAAGCAAAAAUAAUGACAUCGGCACAGAGAGUUUCUUUUGGCAGUUAAGUGCAAAGCACGUUUUUUUUUACCUCAAAUUUAGUCCUUUUUUUAAGUAAAAAGAAAUUUUGCGCGCGGUGUCUCUUUUUUUUAAUUAUAUCAAUUUAUUUAUUUUUGCGGGUCUCAUGGACAUCUUGGGUUGUAGAGCCGAAGAGAACAGUUACCACAUUCUGCCCUCUGCUGCCACAAUGCUCUUCCACGGCCUCCAAGACGGAGACAUGCACGGCGUGGUGGAAGAAAUGGACCGCACGGAAAAGGGCGAGCCUGGGGCGGUUAGCUCGGUCACCGAUAUGGGAGACUCAGAGACGUCCCUACCGUACCUAACCCGAGGCGGCGAACGCCAUGCCCUGUGCGCCGGCUGUUGUCGCAAGAUCGCUGACCGUUAUUACCUGCUGGCUGUGGACAAGCAGUGGCACAUGCGCUGCUUGAAGUGCUGCGAGUGUAAACUCAACCUGGAGUCUGAGCUCACGUGCUUCAGCAAGGACGGAAGCAUCUACUGCAAGGAAGACUACUACAGAAGAUUUUCUGUGCAGCGGUGUGCCCGGUGCCAUCUAGGAAUAUCGGCCUCUGAAAUGGUAAUGCGAGCUCGGGACCUGGUUUACCAUCUCAACUGUUUUACGUGCAUCUCGUGUAGCAAGACACUGACCACCGGCGACCACUUCGGUAUGAAAGACAGUCUGGUGUACUGUCAGCUGCACUUUGAGACUCUUAAGGGUGAAUAUCAGACCCGCUUUGACCAAGCGGAGGUGGUGGUGCAGCCGCCGCACACACUCAAAGGCUUGGGCCCGACCACUGCGCUUGGACUAUCCUACUUUAAUGGAGUCGCCACAGUGCAGAAAGGUCGGCCCAGAAAGAGAAAGAGCCCCGGGACAGGAGCCGAGCUCGCAGCUUACAAUGCAGCUCUGAGCUGUAACGAGAACGACGGUGAGGCCAUGGACCGGGACUCGCAGUACAGCUCCAGCCAAAAGACCAAGCGCAUGCGAACCUCCUUCAAACACCACCAGCUGAGGACCAUGAAAUCCUACUUUGCCAUUAAUCAUAACCCGGAUGCCAAGGACCUCAAGCAGCUCGCCCAGAAGACCGGCCUUACUAAGAGGGUCUUACAGGUCUGGUUUCAAAAUGCUCGGGCUAAGUUUAGGAGGAACAUCCUGCGGCAGGAAAGCUCUUGCGUGGAUAAAAUGUCUGAUGGCUCCAUGUUACAGGGUGGGACGCCUUCAGGUCCCGCCUCGGAGAUUUCCAACGCCUCUAUGAGCCCUUCAAGCACACCUACCACUUUGACAGACUUGACCAACCCCACCAUGCCCACUGUCACGUCUGUCCUUACCUCUGUGCCUAGUGGCAUAGACGCUAACGAGUGCCAAAGCCCAACCCAGACAACCUUGACAAGCCUCUUCUGAUUGGCUGAGCCUUUCAUGCCUCUUUGAACACUUCCUGGUUCUAAAACUGUGCAUAGCUCACUCUACUGUCUUACAUAAUACAGCUCUGAAACAAAGAAAUUUGUAUUAUUUGACCUAUAUACUGACAUUUUUUUCACAUGGACGCAGGCAAAGCGUUAGUAUGAAGUUCAGGCAAAGGCUUACUGUACUUAUGAACACAAGCAAAGACUUAUCUAUGGAGGAAAAUGAAGCCUUAUGUAUAAAGGAAAGCAGAGGAUGACACAUCUUCUGGAGUUGUUCCUACAUGGUUUGCUGUGGUUUUGUCAAGGACCAGGGUUUGAUCUGCAUUUUUUAAUGUUUCAGAAAGCAACUGCGACAGUUGGGAAGGGACACUGCUGAAGUUUUAAUGGGAUUUUUUUUUCAGCACAGUAUUUAUGUUGUACAAAAGUCACUAUACGAAUGACUGUAAAAAUUUCAAUUUUUGAAAUAUUGAAAAUAAAUAAACA